AUAAAAAAGAAAGGAGGAUGGAAAACAAACAGCCAUUAAUGAUGCAUGCAAGAAAGAGUUGAGAGGAAGAGCGUGUGCUGCUUUUGCAAGGUGGAUGUAUGAUGCAGGAAUUGCAUUCAAUGCUGUUAAGUAUGAUAGCUUUGCCGAGGUUGUUGAAGCAAUUGGACAAUAUGGUCCUGGCAUGAAACCACCUAGUUAUCAUGAGGUGAGAGUUCCUUUGCUUAGGAAGGAAUUGGAUAAUACCAAUGCUUUGAUGAAUGACCAUAGGGAGGAGUGGUCAAAAUUUGGAUGCUCAUUAAUGGCAGAUGGGUGGACAGACAAGAGAGGGAGAACAUUGCUUAAUUUCCUAGUAAAUAGUCCAAGGGGAACCAUGUUUAUUGAGUCGAUAGAUACUUCUUCUUUUUCAAAGGAUGGUGACAAGAUGUUUGACUUACUUAAUAAAUUUGUGAACCGCAUUGGAGUAGCAAAUGUCGUCCAAGUCGUCACAGAUAGUGAGUCAAGCAAUAAGUAUGCCGGGAGGAUGUUAGAGAAAGAACACCCACAUUUGUAUUGGACCCCAUGUGCUGCUCAUUGCUUAGACUUGAUGUUGGAAGACAUUGGGAAAAUACCGUCCAUCUCUAGAACAAUGCAGAGGGCAGUGGAGUUGAAUAGUUAUAUUUAUAUGUGACCAAAGUUGUUGAAC